AUGAACAGAAUUUUCGGCACCAGCAAGCCCAAGGCUCCUAAGCCGACACUCGACGACGCAAUUUCCUCCACAGACGCGCGCGUGAGCGCUGUUGAAGUGAAAAUUCGCAAACUCGACGGUGAAUUAGCCCGGUAUCGCGACCAAAUGCAGAAAAUGCGCGACGGCCCGGGCAAAAACUCGGUCAAGCAGCGCGCCCUCCGCGUCCUGCAGCAGAAAAAGAUGUACGAGAGCCAGCGGGACCAGCUGAUGCAGCAGUCGUUCAACAUGGAGUCCGCUGUGUUUGCCACUGAGAACGUCAAAAACACUCUGUCGACGAUGCAGGCCAUGCAGGACGCGAGCAAGGCCAUGAAGAAACAGUACAAGAACGUCGACAUCGACAAGAUAUACGAUAUGCAGGACGAGAUGGCCGAGCUGCUGGAACAGGCAAACGAGGUGCAGGAGCUGAUGGGCCGCAGCUACAAUCUGCCCGAGGACGUCGAUGAGCAGGAUCUGGAGGCA